UUUUAAAUUUACAAAUUAGCUCCUUUUUUAAUUCCGUCCUCGUUCCUUCUUCUUCUUCCUCUCAUCGUCAUUUUUCUCGAUUCUCAGUCUUCUGGUCACCGAGUAAUUCUGAUUUAUUGCAGAGAAAAAGUAUGGGAUCGAGAGGAAUUAUCAACGAUAAGUGGUCAAUGAGGAUUUUAUGGGGUUGUGCUAUCGGAAGUGCAAUUGGUUUAUACAUGGUUGCUGUAGAAAGACAAACUCAGAACAGGGCUCGUGCUAUGGCUGAGAGUUUGAGAGCUGCUGAGUCACAAGGUGAUGGUGAUAGUGUCUAAAUCUAUAUCUACCUAGUAGUGCUCAGAAGAAGAAUCUCAGUUGAGUUUUUUUUUUUUUGUGUUUGUUUUUGUUAUAAUGACUUCUUCUUCCAAGAGAUUUUGUUGAUGUAGUUUCUUGUUUGCAAAUAAUCAUAAUAAGGUUUUGAAACUUGGAGAGUUGAAGUUGCUGAACAUACGAUUUGUGUUAUCAAAAAAAGUUAUUUCUUACUUCUGUCA